GGCCGCAGCAGUUUCGGCUUCCACUGCGCCUAGCCAGCCUUCCCGAGACGAUGGACGCCAUGAAGGGAGGAGGAGGCGGUGGUGCUCCAGGCGGCGUGGACUUUUCGCUCCUCCAACGGGAGUACCGCAACAUGGAGAUGAACCGCAAGUCGUACUCGGACGAGUCGCAUCAGGUGAUGCGUCGGCAGCAGACUGUGAUUGAAAAACUGAAGCGGGACAACGAAGACAUGAAGAACGAGUUGGCGUUGGCGACGCGGCACAUCACCGAGUCGAGCGCGACCGCGCAGCAGGAGAGCAUCAACCGCAUGCAGGACCAGAUCGACACGUUUGUCAAAAAGAUCGCUGCCGAGACCAAGCACUCGGACACGCUGGGCCAGCAGAUCACCAUCAUGAAGCACAAGGUGCUGCACCAGAAGAAGCACAUGGGCGGGGUGAACGCCGCCAAGGAGAACCAUCACAUGGUGAACAAGCAGAUCCGCAUCCUCGAGAACCGCCUCGACAAGUCAUUGGUCAAGUUCAAUGAAGCCCUCGCCCAGAACAAAAUCCUUCGCGAGGAGAUUGACAACCUCCGGCGGGAACGCAUGAUCUUCGACAACAUCUACCGCAAACUCGAAAAGGACCACAACGAGCGCAAAAAGCAGAUGGCCAACAUCAUUGAGCUAAGCAACCUCAGCUACGAACAGCGCGACUCGGCUCAAAUGGAAAUCAAAGCCAUCGACCAAGUGAACCGGCAAGAAGCCGACGAACACCGUCGGCAGAUUGGCGAGCUCUUGGACAAGAUCGAAGAGUCCAAGCGGCGGGCUGAUUUGGCCCGGGAAGCCCAGAUCCGCGAGUCCCAGCGUCGGGAGAGCGCCGCGCAUAUGGGCGACGACGACACGUUGAAACGAAAGCUGCAGCGGCAGCAGUGGGGCGCCGUCAAGGACAAAGUCCACGUCCAAGUGAGCGUCGAGCGCGUGCAAAACUACGAGGAAGUGUUUGCCAAGCUUAAAGCGGCCACGGGCAUCGCCGACAUUGAGGAGCUGGUCACGACCUUUAUCAAGAACGAAGAUCAGAACUUUUCGCUGUUCAAUUACGUGAACGAACAGACCAACGAGAUUGAAAAGCUGCAAGAUUACAUCGACUCGCUCAAGGCGGAAGAGGCCAAGUACUCGGAGGAAACCGGGGACGACGCGCACCAACACAAGCAGUUGCUAAAAGAGCUCGAGUCGAAGCUGUCCAGCACCGAGCACGCGGCCGACAAGUACGAGACCAAGUACAACGACGCGCAAAAGAACAUCAACGCCGUCAAGCUGGCAAUCCACACGCUGUUUGCCAAGAUCGGGUGUAACGCCCAAGCCAUGUGUGAGAUGCUGGGCGACAACAUCGUCACAGAAGUCAACAUGAUGCAGUACCUGGGCAUGGUCGAACAGCGCACAAACGAAAUCCUGCACGUGUACGCCGCGUAUCAAAAGCACCGCAACGCCAGCGUCGACGUACCCCCCGAGGCGGCGGCGGCCGCAGCAGCCCAUCACACUUCGGGUCAUGGCGUGUCGUCGCAUCUCUUGCACGCUGUGCUCGGCAUCGGCCCCACGGCGCCCAUGGGCGGCGAUCCGCUUCAGAUCAACCCCCCCAACUUGGAAGACUAUUCAUCCGACGACGAGGAAAACGUCGAGCAGGCCGACCAGAUGCAUCCGCUGUCGCGCGACGAGCUCAAGCUCAAGACCCUCAAGGGACUACGUCGAGGCAGCAGCAGCAAAUCUCCUACCCCGUCGUCCAAGUUCAAUGCCGCCGCCACCACCCACUCGCCGGCCAAGAAGAAAGGAUAAUAUAUUAAUAGUAUUGACAAAUAUAUUGCAAUUUAAAGGGGUC